AUGGCCGACACGAGCGGCAUCACUCUGGUGGACAACACGGUCCCGACGCAACAGCCGCUGAGUGGAUCAUCUUCGCGACAGCCCUCGACAGUCGGUCGCCAGAGCAGCCUAACAAGGCACCUGAGCCGCACGGCCGUAUCUGAUCACUUGGCCAGGAGAAAAUAUGCGAAAUGGCAACCGGAAAGGCUAGGGGUGGCGUCCGAUACAGAACGUUCUCCGAGCAGAGAAGGGUCUCGAUUGCGGCGACCGAUCUCGACAUCAAGCUCGAGUGCUCCAGCCAGCCGACGCUCUUCACAACAGGGAAAUAGUGUCGCUGCUGCAAAUACCGGUCUCCCUGAACAUGAUGGGGCUGGUUCCACUCAUGUUCAUACGCGGACCACGACUGAUGAAGCAGUCCAAUCUAAUGAUGGUCAUGGUCAUGGUCAAGCGUCGACCACAGCCGGCCACAUCACAGAGCUUUCUGAGCUCGACAUACUCUACGAGAAUCAGCGAGGCUGGUUCUUCUUCGGAAUCCCACUCUACUCGCAUAGCUCGCUCCUCAACUUCGACCCCCCGGCGUGGAUGACGCAGGAUAAACGUCCGAGCGCCGUGAAUAUCACCAACGCCCAGGUGCCCGAUCCAAGCUGGGAAUGGGCAUGGCGAACGUGGUAUGUCGAUAUGUCGGGCGACGUUGAUGAGCAGGGCUGGCAGUAUGCAUUCUCAUUUACCACCUCCAAGUGGCACGGCACACAUCCCUGGUUCCACUCGUUUGUUCGACGACGGCGCUGGGUGCGACUUCGGACAAAGGCGUUGGAGAGACGGCAUCGCGGCCAGUCCGGGUUUGAACAAGCGCACAUGCUCAAUGAGGACUAUUUCACAAUACACUCCUCCAAAGCGCGUGGUCGAGAGCAAAGUCUCGCGGGGUUGUCGAGAGUGGGAACAGGAUUCUUGAGUCGGGUGGGCACUGCGGAGGAGGAGCCUCAAACAGAAGAGAUUUCGGACAUUCCUAGUCUUCUCCGCGCCAUGAAACAGACGUCUAUUGAUCGGGAGAGGAUCGACGCGCUGAAGAAGUUUGUUAACGAUGGUGGGGAGGAGCUGUAUUACCUGGCUGACAAGGUGCCCCAGAUCAUGACCAUGUUUCUCUUCCAAGCUUCUCGCUGGCAAGUCAUCACCUAUUUCAACAAGACCAUCUACGACCUCCAUCGACGAAUUUCCAGCUCAACCAGCGAGGACAAGGACAAACUGGAGCGGAAACGAGACAGCCUCAUCCGUGCCGUGGAAGCCGGAAAACAGCACGUCACGGGCCCGGACGUCUUGGCCGAUGAUCAAAGCAAUGCGGCCGCGCAACUCCUGGAUUUGACCCCCGUCUCGAGGCAGGAUAGUCUCUUAUCCAAGCGCGCAAAGUGUACCAACCAACCAUUGAAAGUCAUGAAGAUGGGGGCGAUCAAAGGGAUUCCUAAAGAAGCAGAGGUUGGGAGGGAACAUCAUAUCUAUUAA